AUGACAUUGAGCAGUGCCCAAAGGGGGGACCCUGUGGAAGGAUGGAAUGAUUGUCCUCCAAUGAUGAUGAAUACCAAUGGAUCAAGUACCAGUGUGAACAAGAUGAAAAAGAGAGCUCAAAGAGUGGGUCAUAACAUUAAUAAUAAUUCGAAUACCUCAUUGCUGGGAAUUGGGGGUUCACUGAAUAUGGCAGCUUCACCUUCAAGAAGUGAAUUACCACCUACACCAUGUAAGGUAUCACAAGGUGGAUUGAGCGGUCCUUCGCCCCUUGCUUCAAAUACACAAAUAAAAGAUGAUGUUGAUGAUGAUGAUGUCUCUACGACAACCACUGAUGUGGGUCAAUUACUAGAAUCUCUUUUCCUGGCCAAAUCGCUGUUACUGGACAGAGAGCAUGGUCAUUAUGCGAAGAAAUUAAAAGAUGUUCAUUCUACACUUGAACUGAAUCAUAUGACCUUUUUGGUAUCUGUGUUGCAAAAAGUUGAUUCUGCAGCUAAAGCCAAAGCUAAUGCACAAAUUCCUUCAAUCAAAAGUGAUGUUGUUCAGUAUAUGAUUAUGAAUGACGGAGUUAGUGGAUGGUGCAUUCCAUUACGGAAGGUUGUGGAGAGUUUGAACGUUGCAUAA